CUCGCAUCCAUAUCUCACUUAGCCCAUGAAGCUUGCGCGCCCUUGCCCGCCGCGGUUCUACAAAAGACUUGGGGGUUCGCCAUUGAACAUCGCUGCCCGCACCUAAGGCGGCGGAACUCCCUCGCCCUCCCUUCUCCUCCCAAAAGGGCGAUGGUGCUUGGCUUCGAGGCAGCCAGUACGCACCCUCUGCACCCUACCGCUUCCACUUCCACUUCCACUUCCACUAUUGCGCCGUCGUCGUCACCGUCUUCGCUGUCGCCCACGGCCGUCGCCGACCAUGGACUUACACAUCAACAGGGCUUUGGGACUAUCACCGAAAAGGACUCGCCGCGUAAUAUGACUCCUGACGAUGGGGAUUUCGAAAGGCGCCCGCCUUUGCUGCAAUGCAUGCUUGCAGGCGGCUUAGGAGGGACAAGUGGCGACAUGCUCAUGCACUCGCUCGACACGGUAAAAACUCGACAACAAGGCGACCCGCACAUUCCGCCGAGAUACACCUCGCUGGGCUCAUCAUACUACACAAUCUUCCGACAAGAAGGCAUUCGACGGGGCCUCUACGGCGGCUGGCUCCCCGCCCUCUUGGGGUCAUUUCCUGGAACUGUCUUGUUCUUCGGCACCUACGAAUAUAGCAAGCGGCACAUGCUGGACUAUGGUGUUCAGCCCCAUGUCGCCUACCUGCUUAGCGGGUUCCUCGGCGACUUUGCCGCGUCUGUUGUCUACGUACCCUCGGAAGUUCUCAAGACCCGGCUUCAACUUCAAGGCCGCUACAACAAUCCUUACUUCGCAUCUGGAUACAACUACAAGGGCAUGACCGAUGCCGCCAGGACCAUUGUUCGCAGAGAGGGAUUUUCGGCCCUCUUCCACGGAUACAAAGCGACUCUUUAUCGGGACAUGCCCUUUUCCGCCCUGCAGUUCAUGUUCUACGAGCAGGCUCAAAGCUGGGCGCACAAGUGGGUGGGAAGCCGCGACAUUGGGUGGCAGCUGGAACUGUUGACGGGUGCUGCGGCGGGAGGUCUUGCUGGUUCUAUUACGUGCCCACUCGAUGUUGUCAAGACCAGACUUCAGACCCAGGUCGUUCCGGACCCCACAGCAUCGGCGAUCGGUACCAGCUCAGCGACAACGCAAGCGUCCACGAAGGACGGAACCAUCAAGCCGACCGGCACCACGGAGAGCUCAACACAAAAGCUUCAGAAAAGACUAAUAUCAACAUCGUCACCAUCAACUCACACGCCACGACCGGGAGCCGUUACCCUGGACACGUCUUCGGUAUUCACGGGGUUGAGGAUAAUUUACCAGACAGAGGGCAUUGCCGGAUGGUUUAGAGGCGUCGGGCCCCGUGCAGUCUGGACCAGCAUCCAAAGCGGCUGCAUGCUGUUCCUGUACCAGGCGAUUCUGCGUCAGUUAGAGACUCGUAUGCCCGGGGAACAGGAACGUACAGAGGUGGCCUAAUGCUGCAUCUCUGUUUAGCGCAAGAUGAGCGUUAUUGUAUACCACUUUCUAGACGUGUUGGUUGUAUUGUAUCUGCGAUGGAGACGGCGGUAAGGGAACAUAUCAAAGAGGCGUUUAUGGAAUGGUCGGAUUGAUGGAUAGAGAAGCACAGAGCAUUUGUAUGAGUAUAAGCGAUAUAGACAUAGACCCGAGCCUUUUUUUCACGUUGGGACGGAAUAUUGGAAUACUCUGCUCAGGUCGUUGGGGGUGUUUGCCCUGGGGUCCAGUUACGCUGUACAUGUGAGAGAUAGAUCAUGUCAAAAUACCAACGGAUUGCCCAAAUUGGACGGCGGGCGGGAGGUUGCGCCUUCAGACGCCCAUCAUCCUUUUGGGCCCCGGGACUCGGAUGGAGGCUCUG